UGCGCGAGGCUGGGAGCGCACCGGCGGCCGCCCUUCCCCCACCUCCAGCCGCGCGUGGGUGACAGGGCCCUGGGUCUCCACGCAUCUUCGCCGCCCCGCGCUGUGACCGGGCCUGUCACGGAGCCACGAGUGGACACCGGCCCCUCUAGGUCUGCCUUAUAUCUGUGCCUUUACCUAAAAGCUACCGAAAAUGAACAAAUCCCAGGGGUCAGUGUCAUUCACGGACGUGACCGUGGACUUCACCCAGGAGGAGUGGGAGCAGCUGGACCCGGCGCAGAGGAUCCUGUACAUGGAUGUGAUGCUGGAGAACUACAGCAACCUGCUGUCCGUGGAGGUGUGGACGGCCGACGACCGGGCGCAGCGGGAGCUGGGUGACCCCGAGGAGCAGGCGAGGCCGUACAUCAUCUGCCAGCACCAAACCCCCGUCGAGGAAAGAAGUGAUCUCUUUGAAAAACCACUCAGUCUGAGCGCGGACUUUGUUUCUCUAAGACAAGUGCCCUAUAAAUAUGACUUAUAUGAAAAGACUCUGAAAUACAGUUCAGACUUACUGAACGGUAACAGCUAUAUAAGGAAGCAGGCUGAUGAGUAUAACGAAUUUGGAAAAGCCCUUCUCUAUCUAAAGCAAGAGAAAACUCAUCCUGAAAUGGAAUAUGCAGAAUAUAACAAAAUUGAGAGAGCUUUCAGCCACAAAGAAGCCAUUUUUAAACAUCAGAAAAUUAGAAAUUUGGUACAACCCUUCCUUUGUAAUUACUGCGACAAGGCUUUCUCCUUUAAGUCACUCCUCAUCAGUCAUAAGAGAAUACAUACGGGAGAAAAACCGUAUGAGUGCAAUGUCUGUAAGAAGACCUUCUCCCACAAGGCCAACCUCAUCAAGCAUCAGAGAAUCCACACCGGGGAGAAACCCUUCGAAUGUCUCGAAUGUGGAAAAGCCUUCACCCACCAGUCCAACCUCAUCGUACACCAGCGGGCACACAUGGAGAAGAAGCCCUAUGAGUGCGGCGAGUGUGGCAAGACCUUUGCCCAGAAGUUCGAACUCACGACACACCAGAGAAUUCACACCGGGGAGCGACCCUACGAGUGUAAUGAAUGUGCAAAAACCUUCUUCAAGAAAUCAAACCUCAUCAUACAUCAGAAAAUUCACACGGGGGAGAAGCGCUACGAGUGCAGCGAGUGUGGGAAAUCCUUCAUCCAGAACUCGCAGCUCAUCAUACACAUGAGGACGCACACGGGGGAGAAGCCCUACGAGUGUACGGAAUGCGGCAAAACGUUCAGCCAGCGGUCAACUCUCAGGCUACACCUGCGGAUCCACACGGGGGAGAAGCCAUACGAGUGUUCCCAGUGCGGGAAGGCCUUCAGCAGGAAGUCCCGACUCAGCAUCCACGUCAGAGUUCACAUAGAUGGCAAACCCUGACCGGCAGCAGGUCGGACCGUGCAAAACCCUCCCACCCACCGGAGCCCUUCGGUGGGGUAGAAACCUCCUGAGGUCCCGAGGGAGCAUGGGAAUUCAUACCGAGAGACCAUCCAUCAGCUCCAAAACGCCAAAUUAGGGUUCCCUGCAGACAGCGGUACUGAAAGUUAGAUAUGAGGCCCAACUGAAGAACACAGACCAAGAAUAUCGCACUGUUAAUAGACAUGCUUAACUGUGUCACAGUGAGAUUUUUAGAACCUUGAAUGAUUUAAACCUUGAAUGAAUUUAAGGAUGAAAUUGUCUGGGAAACAGCAGAAAGGAUAUACAGACAGUACCUAGGGAUAGAGUGGUUGUGUGCGAUUAUGCCACAAAACCACAAAAGUAUGUUUUAGAUCUGCCCGUAUGAAUUUUAACAGUCACUGGGAGUUUGAAAUUUUUCUAAUAAUUAGGACAUAUCAAACAAGAUUUUCCUUACUAAAUAUCACGUUUUGUUUUGUUUUUACAAUUCAGUAUGCAUUCCAGAUGAAAUAGGGAACAUAUUUUAAGAGGCAUGUAACACAUGUUCUGCUUGCUGGUAAAUGGAAGUUGGUGUGGCCAUUGUUAAUGAGC